UUCAGGACCCGUUCUGAUAAACACUCGACACUGAUGUUUACUUGUGGCCCAAAAUCAACCCACGUCGCCGGGUUCACAGCUCAGGGCAUUAUUAACCACGGGGUCACCGCGACACUCUCUUAUUAUCAACUGUUGUUAUUGUCAGCGUGGUGAAGUAUGGUCAAGUUAUUUCCCACGACCGAGUUGGCGUGGAGGAGACCUUCAUCUAGCAACGGACUGACAAAGGAGGGCUUGUACAUGUUCACAAGUACAUUUGGCGUGAUAAUGUUACUUUGACGAGGAGCUCACUUCUCGAGCAGGCAGUAUGAACUACCUUUGGGCUAAACCAAUAAACCUAGAACAAAGCCCCUGUCGAGUUGGAUAACUAAUUAAUGACGAUCACGCAGUCGUCUCCGGUGACAGGGGACGCCGCUGCCCCACGCUCCAUUCUGAGCGGCGUCGAAGAUGAGGAGGAGGCCGCGUCUGUGUCUCAAGGAGGAGCAGGGGACCACGUCUGUGUCUCAAGGAGGAGCAGGGGAUCGCGUCUGUGUCUCGACGAGGAGCAGGGGUCCGCGUCUGUGUCUCGAGGAGGCGGUCGCGUCUGUGCCUCGUACUCCAUGGACGGUGCAGCCGCCCCCACGGAGGGGAAGGGUCAUCACGCAUUCGGCGACGCGUACCUCGACAGGCUGGUGGAGAUCAUCGCGAGGCACCUGGAGGUGGAGCCGCACCACGGGGUGCUCUGCGAGCCGUACGAGCCGCAAGUGGCUCGGGCCCUCGUCGGACUCGGCUGCCUGCACUCCCCGCCGCGGUGCUGGGGCCCCGGCGGGGAGACGGGGGCAGCCCGCGGCGCGACGCGAGGCCCCGACCGCGCGCUCGUCAUGAUGCUGGACACGAGGGAAGAGGCGGAGGAGGGAAGCCUGCAGGUGAGGGAAAGGGACGAGAGGCGAGGGUUGAGGCCACUGGGUGGUGUGGCUGGAAAAGGGCCCUGGCGCAAGGGAGUCGAUGCCGCCCCCCCCCCCUUAUCUCGGCACGCCCGGCCCCUCCAGCCCGGUGCAGUUUGA